UUGUUUGGAACAGGGAUAGACUGGGCAGAGAAAAAUGUCGAAUAGGAUUACGCUUAGCGCGUCGUUAUGUCAAAAAUCCCUUAUGGCAAAAAAUCACCAAAAGCUGCCGAAAUGGCAAACGGCUUCAUACCGGAUUUCGAAUCGGGUCUUCUAAGUUCUCGGAUAGGAUGUCGGAUUUAGAAAGCCGCUACAGUUAUAAAAAAUCUCAGCCUCUUGCGGCAAGAGAGAUAAAGGGAAAAGAGAAGAAAGAUUUUGACAUCAGACGAUUUUGCGCACGAUUUAGGGUCGUUUUUUAUGUUGUAAAGAUGAGUAAAGCGACUUUUAUGGAUUAUAUGCUACCUCCAUAUUUACAAUGCCAGGCAGGCCAUUUAGUUUGUGGAAAUUGUCGUCCAAAAGUUUCGGCGUGCCCUACAUGUAGAGGCCCAGUGCCGCACAUUAGAAAUUUGGGAAUGGAAAAAAUUGCAACAAAUCUUCAAUUUCCCUGUAAAUUUGCACAUUCUGGUUGUAAUCAAUUCUUUUUUCAUCAAGAAAAAGUUGAACAUGAAGAAAUUUGUGAAUUUCGUCCAUAUCAAUGCCCAUGCCCUGGUGCUUCUUGUAAAUGGCAGGGAGGAUUGAACGAUGUUAUGGGGCAUUUAAUGAAAUUGCAUAAAUCGAUUACUACACUUCAGGGAGAGGAUAUUGUUUUUCUUGCAACUGAUAUUAAUUUGCCUGGAGCAGUUGACUGGGUAAUGAUGCAGUCUUGUUACAAUGCUUAUUUUAUGUUAGUUUUGGAAAAGCAGGACAAACAAGAACAAGGAGGAACAAGUUAUCAAAUGUUUUAUGCUGUAGUACAAUUAAUUGGAACUAAAAAAGAAGCUGAAAAUUUUGUUUACAAGCUAGAACUUUCAAAUAAUAGAAGGCGUUUAUUUUGGGAAGCCAGUCCAAGAAGUAUUCACGAAGGUGUUGCAGCAGCUAUUGCCCAGUCAGAUUGUUUAGCUUUUGAUACAAGCCAUGCAAAUUUUUUUGCAGAAAAUGGAAAUUUGGGAAUUAAUGUUUGUUUUUCCUUUUUUUAUAUUUUGAUAGGAUGUCCUCACAAUUGGAGACCCCUGGGGCUGAAAAAAUAAUCUUAUAGGAGAUGUAUCUUAAAUAGAGGGUAUCUUAUAAUAAGGUGUGUCUUAAAUAGAGGGUAUCGCUUAUACAACUCCCCCACCCAGUGGCUAAAACAUAAAAUUAAAGUUUUACCCGGAGCGGGUUCGAACCUGCGACCUCACUCCCACUGAACACAAAUAUUUCCCACUUAACCAAACUGCAAGAUUCUUUAUUCAGAGGUUGAGGACACUCUCACCCAUUAGCCAGC